AUGAUCUCGGGGGUGGUGUGACCAGAAUUAAGUAAUAGAAGCAUUGGUUUUGAUGGAUUUCUAAAGCUAAUUUCUGCACAUAUAAGGUUGUGGCCUCGAGAGCCCGGACAUUGACCAGAAAAAUGGGUAGCAGAAUCCCAGAAUUCCUACUGGAUUCCUCAAGCGGCAAGACCAUUCCACUUCUAGGCUUCGGCACGGCUGAAUUUCCUUUUGGCACGUCUUCUGCAACCAUGAAACAAACUUUGCUCCAUGCAAUCAAACUGGGAUACCGGCACUUUGAUACGGCUGCCGUUUACCAGUCCGAGCAGCAUCUUGGGGAAGCCAUUAAUGAUGCCCUUCGCCUUGGCUUAAUCAAAGGCAGGGACGAACUCUUUAUCACUUCCAAGCUUUGGAGCAUCGAUGCACACCACGAUCGUGUCCUCCCUGCACUAAAGAAAACCCUCAACAAUCUGAAGUUGGAGUACGUUGACCUUUAUCUCAUUCACUGGCCUUUUAGCUUGCCGGCGGGGGAAAUUGAAAUACCUCCGCGGAAGGAGGACAUCCUCCCUCUGGAUAUCAAAUCUGUGUGGGCAGCAAUGGAGGAGUGUCAAAAGCUUGGUAUGGCUAAAUCAAUCGGUGUGAGCAACUUCUCCAUAAAGAAGCUUGAAACUCUUCUUGCCACAGCAAAGAUUCCACCAGCCGUCGAUCAAGUGGAGAUGAACCCGCUCUGGCAACAGAAAAGGCUAAGAGAAUUUUGUGAGAACAAGGGAAUACAUGUCACUGCGUACUCUCCCUUGGGAGCCAAAGGAACACUUUGGGGAACAAACUGGGUAAUGGAUUCUGAGGUGCUAAGAGAGAUGGCUAAUGCCAAAGGAAAAACUGUUGCACAGAUUUCAUUAAGAUGGGCAUAUGAGCAAGGAGUCAGCGUGCUUGUGAAAAGCUUCAACAAGGAAAGAAUAGAAGAAAACCUAGACAUAUUUGACUGGAACUUGACUUCAAAGGAGUUACAGAAAAUAAGCCAAAUUCCACAACGUAAAGGAUCUGUUGGGACUGAAUUCAUCUCCGAGGAAGGGCCUUACAAAACUGUUUCAGAGCUUUGGGAUGAAGAUAUCGGUUUAGCAUUUGAUCAUGUGCCAGGAUUAGGAGAUGCGGCAGAAGUUUGUCUAAAGGCGAUCGACUAGAAAGUGACGGCACAACGCGGAGCUCAUCGCUUCGAUAUUCCGUUUUAUCUAGUAUUAUGGCGUCCUUGAUCGAAUUGCGUGAGCUACUCAAUGGAUUAGCCUAGUAAUUAUUUUAGUUUUAUAUGUACUUAGAGAGCUCUGUUUCCAAUACACUUUAUGUUAUAGACAUGUUGGACAAAUACUAUAACCUUUGGAUACUAGCCAUCAAAUUAAUUUUAUUAAGUGUGUUUAUGUUUUGGAACA